AGUUUACGAAGUGCAAAUGGCCCAAACCUCGAACAAAUUAGGCACCGCUCUUUGCAACCGUUUAUGGCGACCUCCCCCUCUGAAACGACCCAAGCCCUAAACCCUAAACAACAGCAGUCCUGCUAUAAAUACAACAUAUGUUUCCUUUCAUGUUUUCAUGUGAGCAGAGGAUUAGUUUUUAUCUGGCGAACAGAGGCGACAGGAGAAAAAGAGAUAGAUCUUCAUGGAGCGCCUAAUGUCCUCCCAUCUGAAACGCCUGUGGACUGCUCACACACAUAUAUGCCGACGGAGCUUUGCGACUCAGGGCAUGAGAUCGUCCUCUAACCGUGGAGUUAUGGCGGCGCAGGAGGAGGAGAUGAAGAAACCUAAUUCAGGAGGAGGAGAGAAGGGGUUUUGGAUGAGAGAUCCGGCCACCGGAAACUGGAUUCCUCAGGAUCAUUUCCACGACAUUGAUGUUGCAGAGCUUAGAGAGAAACUCCUCUCCACAAGAUCUGCCCGGCAAACUUUUAAUUAGAUGUCUUAGGAGAGUGAAUCAUGAGACAGUAUGUACUGCAUUUUAUUAUUGACAAUAUUUUCUCCAUUCUGUGCCUAGAUUUUGGCUGUGACAUCGGAAACUCGAUGUUCCAAAUUUUGCAAGGAGCGGAUCCGUUUUAGGGUUUAAUUUCACAUUGUUAUUCCCACUAUUUUUUUUUUCAAAUAGGUUUUCAUGUCGAAUCACAUGGCCUGCAAUAUUUUUUGUGAUAUUCUCAUUAUGGACUUGAUGGGGAAAGCAUAUUUAUUUAUUCUAUAUUAAUAAAAUUAUUUUAAUCUUUUUUU